AUGUCCCAGUCGCCAGAGUACGUCUACAAGGUCUUCCCCUCUGCCUCUGUGGACAGCAGAAUCGAAGGGAAAGCUAACCGAGGUCACAGGUUCUACUUCCCCCAGCCGAUCCCCGCGUCGCACGAGUUCUUCCUCUGCGAGAACGACCUCCAGGAUGGUUUCGUCCACAUGUCGACCGCUGAGCAGGUCCCUGGCGUCCUGAACAGGUACUUCGGUGACGUCCCUUCCGUCAGCAUCCUGCGCAUCGACUAUGGCAGGCUUUCGGCCUUCAAGCGUGUCACCUGGGACCAGGCUUCCAACGGCGAGAAGUACCCCCACCUUCACGGUUUCCUUGAGGGCGAGAGCGUUGACAGCUUCAAGGAGAUUGAGAAGGGCCAGAACCCCACCUGGGACGCUUCCCUCAAGACCAUCUCGGACUGGCUCAAGUAA